AUGCAAUGGUCGAAACAACACGACGUUUUGUUAUGUCGCGAAAUACUAGCCGUUGACCCUUUUCAAGCAAAACGAAAAACAACUGCCAGAGCAAAGUAUUGGGAGAAGGUAGCUGCAAACUUGGAAAAAAUAGAUAAACCAAAAUUUAAGGUUUCAGCCCGUGCUGUACGAGACAGAUACAGCCGUUUACGUGAAAAAUUCAAAAAGAAAGCUCGUGAGGAAAAGUGUGCAAGUGGAAUAUCCCCAGAACCGACAGAGUUGGAUACUUUGUUAGAAGAGCUAUCAGAGCGACAAUUGUCCUCAGAUGAAGAGCGGUUCCAGAAUUAUCAAGAAAACGACAAAAAGAAUAAGCUGGACAGAAUAAAGUCCCUAGAUAUACGAAAGAAAGCGAUGGAGAAGUUGUCAGAAACCAAACUACGAAAGGAAAAGGAGAGUGAUAGUGGUGAGCAAGAACCAAAAAAAAGACGUCGAUCAGGAGGUGAAAUUGUUGCUUACCUUAAAGAAAAAAAUGAGGUAGAAUUGGAGAUGAGAAAACAGGAGUUGGAGAUGAAAAAAAUGCAAUUUGAGGCAGAUAAGAAAAGACAGGAUGACAUAAUUAAUUUGCUAAUGCAGCAAAAUACAAUGAUAAUAAAUGUUAAUCAAGGAAAAAAACAAUACAAAGUAACUUCAGAAAAAUAUACUUCCAUAUCAACCGUGUUGUUUUGUUAA